AUGCUGCCUUCGGAAUUUCACACACUUUUUACUGGUCCAAAUCUACGAUGGGAAACCAUAGGUUUGAUGAUGGCCCUGGCAGCGUCGUGUGCACAGUUCUCCCCACCAGAUGACCCUCUGUUCAUCCUCGAGAACGGUGACAGGGUGAACAAGGAUGACUUCAUUUUAGACAUGAUCCAUGCUACCAACGACUGUAUCACCAUCUGCCAAGUCCAUGGUGCUGUGAACGAUAUCAUGGUCUGGCUUUUGUACAACAACAUGCUCGUACAAAGCAAUUGGUACGGGGACAACUACCACGGAGUAUGGCGGCGUACAGGAGAUGUUAUUUCAGCGCUUCACGCCGAAGGAAUACAUUGCGAGAAUGCAAUCGUCAAUCCAUCCGAAGAGCCUCUGUUUCUUCAAGAAUCACGUCGUAGAAUUUACGCUGCAGUGUACCGGACGGACAAGAGCUUAGCUGACUUCUUCGGGCGUCCGCCCAUGAUGCACAAGCGGUAUAGUGACCGACCACUACCUCUUGACAUUGAUGACCAGAUUGCUACAUGCGACGAUCAAGCGAUUCUAAAUGAGGCCAUAUCCAAUCUCGAUCCUGAUGGGUGGUCUACGGAUGGUCGGAUCAGACCAGCAUCAUGGAUACGGUUACGUGCGGCGCUAGGUCAAGUCAAGGAGCGAUUCCUUGAAGCAUCUCUUGCUGGGAAGAAGGACGUCUUCGUGAUCGACGAGAUAGAAGCAAUACGCGAAGAGCACCGAAAGAACUGGGAAACUUCGCCUGCGCACCUCAGAUACGACCUCUACGACAACGAAGCAGUCUGGAGAACUCUCAAACCAAAAGCAGCCUUACGAAUGAUAGGGGCAUACCUCGACCACCUCCAUGCGGGAUUCCAAAUCCAGCGACUUCUCCGCCGCCACACUCAAAACGCUCUUCCCGCCCUUCUCGAAAUCGCCAUGAACCUCCUCUCUACCGCCCUCAUCUUCAACAAGAACCGGAAUCACGAAUACAACGUCCAGCGCCACUUUGCCACCUUAGUCCUCUUCUACUGUCUGCCCAGCGCCGGUGUCCUCGCGCUGGAACUCCGCCGCUGCACACUGGAAAACGUCCCGCUACCAAGCACAGUCUCGCGCGCAGACAUCAUCCGCAAUCUUUCCGUCCUAAUCUCCUGCGUCGAAUGGGCCAUCGUCCCCGACGACGGAAACCACCGCCUAUGCAGCGAGCUCAACAAGAUGAUAGCCCUCGUCCUCGACGAAGUGCUAAACUACCAGCCGCCCUCAAACGAGGGCCAAGCCGAUGGCGCGUCGGCGGUGCUCGCCGGUGUCGGAGCAGGCUUCUUCGACAUCCCCAUGAUAGACGGCAUGGAGCCCAUCCCGACAGAGAGCGAGGACUUUUUGAAUUGGCUGGACAAUGCGAAUUGGAAUAAUACGGUGGGUCCGGGACGAUUUUGA